GCGUCGCGGCGCUUGCUGGGGGCCCGGCUUUCGCCCGCUGCUGCCGCCGCCGCCGCCGGCCGCGGCUGCUCUCCCAAGAUGGCGGCUCCUCCGGGCGAGUACUUCAGCGUUGGGAGCCAGGUGUCGUGCCGGACGUGCCAGGAGCAGCGGCUGCAGGGCGAGGUGGUAGCCUUCGACUACCAGUCCAAAAUGCUGGCUCUAAAAUGUCCCUCUUCCAGUGGAAAGCCCAACCAUGCAGACAUCUUGCUUAUAAACUUACAGUAUGUUUCAGAAGUGGAAAUAAUUAACGAUCGAACAGAAACCCCUCCUCCCCUAGCUUCACUCAAUGUUAGUAAGCUUGCCAGCAAAGCACGGACGGAGAAGGAGGAGAAGCUGAGCCAGGCCUAUGCAAUCAGCGCUGGCGUCUCCCUGGAGGGCCAGCAGCUCUUCCAGACCAUUCACAAGACCAUUAAAGACUGUAAAUGGCAAGAAAAAAACAUUGUAGUCAUGGAAGAAGUUGUUAUCACACCCCCAUAUCAAGUGGAAAAUUGUAAAGGCAAAGAGGGGAGCGCACUGAGCCAUGUACGCAAAAUAGUUGAAAAACAUUUUAGAGACGUGGAAAGCCAAAAGAUACUGCAGCGUUCACAAGCCCAACAACCACAGAAGGAGGCUGCCCUGUCAUCCUGAGUCCACAAACAUGGAGGACUCUUCCAGCAUCCAGCCACAGAGAUGGUGGUGGUGGCUUCAGCGGAGGCAGGCCGGGGGAGGGAAGGGAUCCUGUAUUUCUUGCUGACUCUUAUUAGGGUCAGUGUUUCAAAAACAAAACAAAAAAAAAAAAAA